GGGCGGGACCCUCGCCUCGCCGGCUGCCGCGCGUCCCUUUGGCCAACUCCGCCGCUGGAAGUGCGCAAGAGGCGAGGCGCUUCUCGGCUUCCUUCUCGCGUUUCCCACCUACCCUCGUCGGGUCUUCUCCCUCUUUCCUAUCCCGCGACUGUCGGAGGCGGGGGGUGGGGGGGACCUCCGGGGCAAGGAUGUCGGCGGCCGAGGAGCGGGGAUUGACGGUGCGCCCCUUCAAGCUGAUCGCGCUGCUCUGCGCCUUCCUGGCGCUGGCUCUGGAUGUGGCUGCGCUGCUGAGCCCAGCCUGGGUCACGUCGGAACGCUACUCGCUCUCUCUUUGGAAGGAGUGUCGGCAGCUCCUGGGCGGCUGGGAGUGCUUCUCUCCCCUCGGAAGCGGUUGCAUGUCAUUGCUAUAUUUCCUCCAAAGAGCCUUCAUCAUUUCCCCUUCCUGAUGGAUCCUGGCAACAAUCUGAUAAGCUAGACAAGAACAUUCCUUCUUCAUGAAUUUGUCCUCCAGCAAACAGGAAUUCUCAGAGCUAAAAGAGCAUAUUUUAGUCUUUGUGUGGAGUCAGUUCAUCGC